AUGGCCUCUACAGGACCCUUCCCGCCCUCGUCGACGCACACAGGACCCUUCCCUCCCGCGCCGCAAGCUCCAGAUACGCCAACCUCCGUAUCUCCCGUCCAGCAGCCGAUUGGCGCCCUCAAGGGCCACCACGCGCAGACGCCGCAGAUCACCCUCGACCCGAGCCUGCCCUCGCCCACCACCGCCCACACUCCCCGCUCGCCUGCCUUCAAGCUCACUCCCGCCUACUCCCCCCAGCCGCUCACCGGUGCGGCUGCCAUGGCGGAUGCGCGUCGGCACCAGGACGAGCAGCGAGCGCGAGAGAUGUCCCGUCAGGUCUCGCCCAACCCCGCGGUGAACGCGUUGAACAGCCUUCUCGGCGCGAACCAGCUGAGCAAAAUGCGCGACGCGCCCGCCGCCGCCACCACGCUUGCCGAACCCAUUGCGAAGGCGGCAAAGAACAUCCAAAUCCCCGAGUCGGUGACGGGUGAAAAUAUGCAAACAAGUCCAGUAAGUGUAUCUAGCUUUGGAUCUGUGGACAGCACAACCGCACCAACCGCCACGGCUAGUGCCACCGACACGGCACCGGCGGGGCAGCUUGGUCCUGCAGCCAUGUCGGCCGCCGACGGCCCGGCCAGCUCGGCCGCCCCCGCGACCUCGGGACCCCAGCCUGGCGACGGUGGAUUUGCCAACAAUCGAUCUCAGACCUUCCCGGUCCCCGCGCCUGCGGACCACGAUCUCCGACAGCCGACCAGGGUGCUCAGCAUGCCCAUGGCCGGCUACAGCCAGAACAAUAGCCCGAGAUCGCCGAGCGCAAAACGCCACAAGUGCCCCUACUGCGCCACGGACUUUACCCGUCACCACAACCUUAAAAGCCAUCUUCUCACCCACAGCCAGGAGAAACCAUACGAAUGCCCAACAUGCCAGGCGCGUUUCCGCCGGUUGCACGACCUAAAGCGCCACACCAAGCUCCACACUGGUGAGAGGCCGCACACGUGCCCCAAGUGCGGCCGGAAGUUUGCGCGUGGCGACGCCUUGGCGAGGCACAACAAGGGCCAAGGCGGCUGUGCCGGCAGGCGUUCCAGCUUUGGCAUUGACGAAGAUGGGAACGAGCACAGAGGAGAUGAUAUGGACGGCGUUCUGUACCAUGGGGAUGGCUCGGAGGAUAAGAUGGAUGAAGAUGGCCCUCAGGGCCGUCGAGUCAGUGAGCCGAGCGGCAAGGGUCGUCAGGGCUCGCAGGCAUCUUAUCAUCAACAUUCGAGCACAUACCCUCCGAUUGCUGGCCGUGCUAUGGGCAACAGUGUUCAUUCGAUGUAUCCCCCGGGAUCUGGCGCUUCUGCAACCUCCAGGGACCAGUCCGGCCACCCAAGCCCAAAGACCGGGGGGUCCAGCCUUUCGUCGAUGCACUACCCGGGCCAGCAGCCCCCUCCGUCGGUUUUCGCGCAAGGUAGCAUGACGGAAUCGCCGAAGCCCAUAUCCCCGGGCCAGAUGGAGGCGCAGCGUCACCAGGGCAUCCUAGAGGGAACAAGUGUGCCGGGGGCCCGAUCGCCCAGCAUGUCGCAACAGGCGCAUCAACAGUAUCAACGGGGCGCCGGUCGCGGCUCCUCUCCAAUGAGCUUGCCUCCACCCGUCGGCAACUCCCACGCGCCGCACCUCCCUUCUCUGCCGGGAUUGAACGCCGACAUGAGAAUGUCGAUGAACAAGAUGCCGUCGGGGCAGGCCCAGAAGCAGAAUGCCCAAGGCGGGCCCGGGACGAGCAUGCUCCACCAGCAAGUCUCGGCACCCGGCACGGCGUCCAAUCCGGGGAGUUUAUCGAGCCACGGGCCCAGCAGCGGCGGGAGCAUGCGCGAGUACUUUGGCGGUCGAGAAUCGGAUCUGUUCGCAUACAUACGAGAUGUCGAAACACGCAUGUUGCGCGGGCACGAGGAGGCGAAUGCGCGCAUAGCCGCCCUGCAAGAAGAAGUCGCGCAGCUACGCGCUCAAUUACAGCAACAACAGCCGAGCCGCUCGUAG